CUACCCCUUCGCCUUAUCAGAUGCGGAGCGGCCAGCGGGGAGGGAAGCGGCUCUCCCGCAGCCACGCGUGAAGAGCAGCGGCCGCUGCCCGCCGGCCGCUCCCGGCCGAUGCCCGCACAGACCUGCUGACACUGUGUAUUGAGGGGAGGAAGAUGCUGUGUCGAUACGAGAUACAGAGCUGUUUUCUCUUGGCUUUCCUAGCUGUCACACCUUUUUUCAUCAGUGAUGUCCAGGGUCAAGUGUCCCCACCAACAAGACUAAGAUAUAAUGUAGUGAGUCCUGACAGUGUACAGAUCUCUUGGAAAGCCCCCAAAGGGCAAUUCACUGGAUAUAAACUUCUUGUCACUCCAAGUUCAGGUGGAAAAACAAAUCAAUUAAUUCUUCAAAAUACUGCAACCAAAGCAAUUAUUCAAGGUCUCAUUCCAGAUCAAAAUUAUGCCCUUCAGAUCAUUGCAUUCAGUGAAGACAAGGAGAGUAAGCCAGCACAAGGCCAGUUCAGAAUUAAAGACAUAGAGAGAAGAAAAGACACAAGUAAAUCCAAGGUGAAGGAUCCAGAAAAAACAAAUGCGAGUAAACCAGCUCCAGAAGGAAGCCUGUUUACCUGUAAAACUCCAGCCAUUGCAGAUAUUGUGAUCCUAGUAGAUGGUUCUUGGAGUAUUGGCAGAUUCAAUUUCAGGCUCGUUCGACUGUUCCUGGAAAACCUGGUUUCUGCUUUCAAUGUGGGAUCUGAGAAAACAAGAGUAGGUCUUGCACAGUACAGUGGGGAUCCCCGAAUUGAGUGGCACUUGAAUGCCUACGGCACAAAGGAUGCUGUUUUGGAUGCGGUCCGUAACCUGCCGUACAAGGGAGGGAACACAUUGACAGGUCUUGCCUUAACUUACAUUUUGGAAAACAGCUUUAAGCCUGAAGCAGGUGCAAGACCUGGGGUAUCUAAAAUUGGGAUAUUGAUUACUGAUGGGAAGUCCCAAGAUGAUGUUAUCCCUCCUGCUAAAAACCUACGAGAUGCUGGCAUUGAGCUGUUUGCUAUUGGUGUAAAGAAUGCAGAUAUAAAUGAACUCAAAGAGAUUGCCUCUGAGCCUGACAGCACACAUGUCUACAACGUGGCUGACUUUAACUUCAUGCAUACCAUUGUGGAAGGUCUUACCAGAACAGUGUGCUCACGAGUAGAGGAGCAGGAAAAGGAAAUCAAAGGAACAAUUGCUUCUCUUGGGACUCCUUCGGAUUUGGUCACAUCGGAGGUGACAGCGAGAGGCUUCCGGGUCAGCUGGAGCCAUGCACCAGGCAAAGUGGAAAAGUACAGGGUGGUGUACUACCCCACUCGAGGAGGACAGCCAGAAGAGGUUGUGGUAGAUGGAAGUGAAUCAACAGCAGUUCUGAAAAACCUGAUGUCUUUGACUGAGUACCAGGUAGCUGUGUUUGCCAUCUACUCCAACGCUGCCAGUGAGGGCCUCCGUGGGACGGAAACCACACUUGCCUUGCCCAUGGCCUCGGACCUGCAGCUGUACGACGUGUCCCAGAGCAGCAUGAGGGUGAGGUGGAACGGGGUGCAGGGUGCCACAGGCUACAUGAUCCUCUACGCUCCCCUCACAGAAGGAUUGGCAGCAGAUGAGAAGGAGAUAAAAAUUGGGGAGACGUCAACAGAUCUUGAACUGGAUGGACUAUUGCCAAAUACAGAAUAUACAGUCACAGUUUAUGCCAUGUUUGGAGAAGAAGCUAGUGAUCCCCUCACAGGACAAGAAACUACAUUGCCUCUAAGUCCACCAGCAAACUUGAAAUUUUCUGAUGUUGGACACAAUAGUGCCAAGCUAUCCUGGGAUCCUGCUUCCAAAAACAUAAAUGGCUAUCGCAUCAUGUAUGUCAAAACAGACGGAACAGAAACCAAUGAGGUGGAAGUUGGUCGUGUUUCAACCCAUACUCUGAAAAGUUUGGCACCCCUUACAGAGUACACUGUUGCUCUUUUCUCCCAGUACGAUGAGGGACAAUCUGAACCACUUACUGGCAGCUUUACCACAAAAAGAGUUCCAGCUCCCCAGCAUUUGGAAAUUGAUGAAGUAUCAACAGAUAGCUUCAGGGUCAGCUGGAAGCCCACCUCAUCAGAUAUUGCUUUUUACAGAUUGGCAUGGAUUCCUUUGGAUGGAGGGGAGUCUGAGGAGGUGGUCAUAAAUGGAGAUGCAGACAGUCAUGUUAUAGAGGGUCUGUUGCCUGACACAGAAUAUGAAGUUUCUCUGCUGGCAGUUUUUGAUGACGAAAGUGAAAGCGAAGUUGUUGCCAUUCUUGGAGCUACAUCUGCAAGUGCUACCACAGUGCCCAGCAGGGUGACCACCACCAGCGCCCCGAGCCCUGAGCCCAGCACAGCAGUUUUUCGAACAGGAGUCAGAAACCUUGUUAUAGAUGAUGAAACAACCUCAAGCCUGAGGGUGACAUGGGACAUUUCUGACUACAGCGUUCAGCAGUUCAGAGUGACCUACCUCACUGCAGAAGGGGACCGUGCUGAGGAAGCAGUAAGAAUGGUGAUGGUGCCUGGCAGACAAAACACUCUUCUGCUUCACCCUCUGCUGUCUGAUACAGAAUACAAAAUUACUGUAACCCCUGUCUAUUCUGAUGGGGAGGGAGUCAGUGUCUCAGCUCCUGGCAAAACUUUGCCCCUGUCUGCUCCUAGGAACUUACGUGUCUCAGAUGAGUGGUACAACAGAUUACGUAUCAGCUGGGAUGCCCCACCUUCAACAACAAUGGGUUACAGAGUUGUCUACAAACCUGUCAACACUCCUGGUCCUGCACUGGAGACCUUUGUAGGGGAUGAUAUUAAUACUAUUCUCAUUCUAAAUCUCUUCAGUGGAACGGAGUACAGUGUUAAAGUAUUUGCUUCAUACUCAACAGGCUUCAGUGAUGCCCUAACAGGCGUGGCCAAAACCUUGCAUUUGGGUGUGACGAAUUUGGAUUCCUACCAAGUCCGCAUGACAAGUCUGUGUGCUCAGUGGCAGCUCCACAGACAUGCUACUGCUUACAGGCUUGUUAUAGAGUCACUGGAGGAUGGGAAAAAGCAAGAAGUAAAUCUUGGUGGAGGGACACCUAGGCAUUGUUUCUUUGAGCUGGUGCCUGGAACCAAAUAUAAAAUCAGUGUUCAUACACAGCUUCAGGAGCUGGAGGGUCCUGCUGUGAGCAUCGUGGAGACAACGUUGCCAUUUCCUACUCAACCACCAACAACACCUUCAACACCACCUCCACCACCUACAAUCCCACCUGCAAAAGAGGUGUGCAAAGCAGCCAAAGCUGAUCUGGCCUUCCUGGUGGAUGGGUCAUGGAGUAUUGGAGAUGACAAUUUCAAUAAGAUAAUUAACUUCCUUUAUAGCACUGUUGGAGCUUUGGAUAAGAUUGGUCCUGAGGGAACACAGGUGGCAAUAAUUCAGUUUAGCGAUGAUCCCAGGACAGAAUUUAAAUUGAAUGCAUACAAAACAAAAGAGACUCUUCUUGAAGCUAUUCAGCAAAUAGCCUACAAAGGAGGAAAUACAAAAACAGGCAAAGCCAUUAAGCAUGCACGAGAAGCCUUAUUUACAGGAGAGGCAGGCAUGAGAAGGGGCAUCCCAAAGGUUUUGGUUGUCAUCACUGAUGGGCGAUCACAGGAUGAUGUGAACAAAGUCUCCAGAGAAAUGCAACUAGAUGGUUUUACUUUUUUUGCUAUUGGAGUGGCUGAUGCUGACUAUUCAGAGUUAGUUAAUAUUGGCAGCAAGCCCAGUGAAAGACAUGUCUUCUUCGUGGAUGACUUUGAUGCCUUUACAAAGAUUGAAGAUGAGCUGAUCACUUUUGUUUGUGAAACUGCAUCAGCAACCUGCCCACUGGUAGUUAAAGAUGGCAAUAAUUUUGCAGGAUUUAAAAUGAUGGAAAUGUUUGGUUUGGUUGAAAAGGAGUUUUCAGCUGUGGAAGGGGUUUCCAUGGAACCUGGUACAUUUAAUGUUUUCCCAUGUUACAGAUUGCACAAGGAUGCUCUGGUUUCCCAGCCUACCAAGUAUUUGCAUCCUGAAGGUCUCCCUUCUGAUUACACCAUCACGUUUCUCUUUCGGAUACUGCCGGACACUCCGCAGGAGCCCUUUGCUCUGUGGGAGAUUUUAAACGAAGCAUAUGAACCACUGGUUGGAGUUAUUUUAGACAAUGGUGGAAAAACUCUGACUUUCUUUAACUAUGACUACAAAGGAGAUUUUCAAACUGUAACUUUUGAAGGUCCUGAAAUAAGGAAGAUAUUUUAUGGGAGUUUUCAUAAGUUGCAUGUUGUCAUCAGCAAGACCACGGCCAAGAUAAUUAUUGACUGCAAGGAAGUGGGUGAGAAGACCAUUAAUGCAGCAGGGAAUAUUAGUUCUGAUGGCAUAGAAGUGCUGGGGAGGAUGGUGAGAUCCAGGGGACCAAGAGACAAUUCUGCUCCGCUGCAGUUACAGAUGUUUGACAUCAUUUGUGCUACCUCAUGGGCCAAUCGAGACAAAUGCUGUGAACUUCCUGGCUUGAGAGAUGAGGAAAACUGCCCCGCCCUUCCUCAUGCUUGUUCCUGUUCAGAAGCCAAUAAGGGUCCCCUGGGACCUCCUGGACCACCGGGUGGUCCAGGUGUCAGAGGUGCCAAAGGUCAUCGUGGUGAUCCAGGUCCAAAGGGACCAGAUGGACCUCGAGGUGAAAUUGGUGUUCCUGGGCCACAGGGACCUCCCGGACCACAAGGACCCAGUGGACUUUCUAUUCAAGGACUUCCAGGGCCACCAGGUGAAAAGGGAGAGAAGGGAGAUCUUGGUUUUCCUGGCCUGCAGGGUGUCCCAGGAGCUUCAGGUUCGCCAGGAAGAGAUGGAGCUCAAGGUCAAAGGGGCUUUCCUGGCAAGGAUGGACCCACAGGCCCACAAGGACCUCCUGGCCCAAUGGGCAUACCUGGUGCUCCAGGUGUUCCAGGUGUUACUGGAAGUCAGGGGCCACAAGGUGAUGUUGGAGCUCCUGGUCCUCCUGGAGCUAAGGGGGAAAGGGGUGAAAGGGGUGAUCUCCAGUCCCAAGCAAUGGUCCGGGCUGUUGCUCGUCAAGUGUGUGAGCAGCUCAUCCAAGGUCAUAUGGCAAGAUAUAACUCGAUUCUGAACCAGAUUCCAAGCCAGUCUGUCUCAACACGAACCAUUGCUGGACCUCCUGGUGAGCCAGGUCGGCCAGGGGCUCCAGGGCCACAGGGUGAGCAAGGAUCCCCAGGCAUGCAAGGGUUUCCAGGAAGCCCUGGACAGCCAGGAAGACCAGGAGAAAGAGGUUUACCAGGUGAGAAAGGAGAGAAAGGCAAUCCAGGUGUUGGAACACAAGGACCCCGAGGUCCACCAGGAUCCACAGGACCUCCAGGAGAAAGUCGAACUGGCAGCCCGGGACCACCAGGAUCCCCAGGCCCACGAGGUCCUGCUGGUCACUCGGGGUCCCCGGGCUCACCGGGUCCUGCUGGGCCCCCAGGGUACUGUGACCCGUCCUCCUGCGCUGGCUACGGCAUGGGAGGUGGAUACGGUGAGCCAACUGAUCAAGACAUCCCAGUAGUGCAGUUGCCACAUAACUCCUACCAAAUCUAUGACCCUGACGACCUUUAUGAUGGUGAGCAACAGCCGUACGUAGUUCACGGGUCCUACCCCUUACCAUCCCCAUACUCCCAGUCCUAUCCAUCACCUCAUCUUGCUCAAGCAGAGUUUACUCCUGUUCAAGAGGAGAUGGAAGCCGCUGAGCUGAGAUCCCCGGGAAUCAGUCGCUUCGCCAGGAGGAUAGCCAAAAGGAGUGCCAAGACCCCAGUGCACACAAAGGCCAACGGAAAAAGCCCCCCUCAAUGAACUGUUUAAAAAAGGGAAACAUUUUAUGCACACCUGCGUUUGGCCUUUUGCCCCAGUGCCUCACCUGUCACUGAAGAUGUUUACAGGCUCUUAUGUUAAAGGAGAGAAAAGUGUACAUGGCCAGUUGACACAACAAAUAAUGGUAAUUAUCUUGCAUGUCAGAAGUUUAGUAUGUUAGUGGGUUGGUGCUAGCUGAUGAUGAAAGGUCACUUGUAGAUCUUUCUCUGGAGUACUGUUCACUCUUCAAACUGUAUCUGAGAAAUGCAUCUGGCUAGGUGGUGUACAUAGAACCAUUCAUGAAAGUUAAUGUUUUGUUAUCCAUUUUUUCCCAGCUCAGUACUUUCUCUUUGUUUUGGAUUAAUUGCUUUACUAGCAGAGUAACCUGACUAAAUCCACUGGAGAACAAAGCAUCAGGUGUCCUUGCACCCCAGUUAUUAUCCUUUUGUAAAGAUUUCUUACAUUACAGACCACUGUUUUCUUAACUCACCUAAAAUAAAUACACAAGAAUGUUCCGUGGGAGCACACUGAUAAUUUAUUGUGAACCUCUUUCAUUUCUGUUUUGUACGCAAAUAAAAGUGGCAAGCUUUUGUAUGGUAAUUCUGUAUUAAUUUGAUUUUUAACUCAAAACAAUUGCAUUAGAUCUUCAGGGGACAGAAUGUAAUGAGAAGGAAAUACAUUUCCUAUUUUCAACACUUUGGGGCAACAAUUUUAUUUUAAAGGCUGUAGUAUAAACAUUAUUUAGUCUUAUUUUUUAAAUUGUAUAUGGACAAAUGCAGAGAGUAACUGAGGUAGUUGUACCAACUCCAGAUGUGAGAUUCCUCAUGUCAACAUGCCCAAGUCAAAAGACUGGCAGGUGUAGUUGGGAUGGCAACUUGGGAUCAGCUAACGAGGAGAGGAAGGCAAAACACCAACCCAUCUUGAGCACAGAGCAAUUAAUCAUCUACAAACAAGGUAAGUUAAAAAGAGACUCAAUAAACAGCUUUGAAGAGCACUGGAGACUGAGCAAGAUUUAGCUCAAGAAUGGCCAUUUAAGUUGAAAGCAUAGGUCUGGAACACUUUUUCUUCAGCCCUUUACAGACAUGGAGAGGCUGUCCUGCACAUCUCAGGACCAUCCUCCUGCUCACCCCAAUUGGGAGGCGGUCUAGUAAUAUUCCACAGUAAAGAAAAGCCUGUCAGGUUUGGCCUCUGGCUACUGCCAGCAGCUCCCUUAGCUCACCAGGAAGAAGAUGAAUAGGUACCUUUAGUGUGUAAUCUCCAAUUAUCUCACCUAGAAUUCAGCUUCAUUAGUGGCACACGUGAUCUGCAAAUGUGACUAGCAGGCUCUGGCUGGGGGCUGGAUACCUUCCUAGGUUCUUUCUCUUUUCCAGUAACUCCUUUCACCUCUGACUCCACCGAUUUUCUUGGGGAAAGGCAAUAAAAGUUGAUAGAAUGUGAGUCGAUUGUCAUUUCAUUACCUGCACUUACAUUUAAAAUAGAAGGUAGAAAAGUAUAAUGUAGUUAUGGGCUUUAUUUUUUGGCAGCUUAACCCCACUUGACAGAACACUGAGGCCCCAAGUGAGCAUGGCUCUCUUGGCCACAAGCAGGUACCACAGCCUGGCACAUGCAACUGACACUCAGAGGUAUUAUUAAAACUAAAUACAAUAAUGCCUGGGGUCACAGGGUUAAUUUCCCUUCUGGCACUGGCUGUCAACACCCACAUUAAUUUACCCCAACUGCAAACUCUCUCUGCCCCUCCCUGGUCAGCCCACUCCCAUC